AUGGAGGGGAAGAAAAGACGGACGAGAAAAAUCGUGGCCGCGGAGGAGAUGAAGGCUACGCGGGAGGAGCGGGUGAUGCGGAAGUUCGAGGAGGUGAAGAACAAGUGGGACCGGCAGAGGCAGCUGAUAAAGGAGCGGACAAGGAAGAGGGAGACCCUGGCCGACCAGGGGGAGAAGUACCGGGAGAGGAACGAGUUGAACACCCUCAUUGAGCACCUCAAUAAGGAGGAGAAAAAAAAAGUAAAUUGGACGGAGAACCUUCGGGCCGAAAGUGAAAGCAUCCGAUUUAAGGAGGCAGUCAAAAGGGUAACCCUAGAAGGGGGCACUUGCAAAGGGAAUAGGGACCUUUUCGAGAGGGUGUUCGAAGGGGGGACCAUUCAAAAUGGAGCCCACACGGAGAGGGAUCGUCCCGUCUGUGGAAAAACAAACCAACGAGAGAACCCCACAGAUGGGGAAGAGUACCACCCCUACGUCACGAACAGAGACGCGAAGAGGGAACUCUACCAGGGGCAGAUAAUUAACAAAAUUAAGAGCAACUUGGAAUUCGUUUUGAAGAACUUCGCCGUUCCGCUGGAGAGCGGCUUCCUUGUGCGGGGGAGGGGGGUCGGAUCGGCAGGAGUGGGAGGUGCAGGAGUGGGGUCAGCAGCGGUGGGGGGUGCAGGAGUGGGGUCAGCAGCGGUGGGGGGUGCAGACGUGGAAACUGCUAAUGAAGGAUCGGCUGCGGUGAGGGGCGCAGACGUGGAAGCUGCAAACGUGGGAACUGCUGAUGAGGCCCACCCCCCCGCGAACGAGCAACCCCUGCGAACGAGCACACACGUCAUACGAAUUAACAACCGAGGGAGGAAAGUCAUCCCCAAGUCGAUCGAGCUCCACAACACAUCAUCCAGCAUAGUCCUCUUCACCAUUUCUCAUAAAAAAAAAAUUACUCUGCAAAAGGAAGUGCUAAGACAGAGGGGUUACCUCUUCUUCGAUGAGCACAGGAACUACUCUCUCGUGGUUUCCCCAGAUGUAGGCCACCUAAAACCGGGGGAGAAAAGAACCAUAAGUUUGACCUUCUUUUUCCACUACUUUGUGAAUGCCUUUGGGGCCCUCACCAUCAGGUACUUUUGUGGGGAGCGGCUUUUCCGGAGAGACGUUUCGGUGCAGGUGGAUUCGUUUCUCGAGGGGGGCGCGGCCCAUCUGUGUGGGGGCGCGACUCACAUGACUCACUUGACUCACUUGUGGGGGGGCGAUGCCUCACCGGGGGAUCGUUCCCUUCUUGUGGAGCUUGCCCAUACGAACGACAGACAUGAAGAGGCCCCCCUGAAGAAGCGCCUGAGCACGUUUUUUCUUUACACCAAGGGGAGAGUCCUCUCAUCAGCAGGUCGUUUUGGUGACCAUGUGGAGGGUAGCCAUGUGGAGGACAACCACGUGAAAGCUGCUCACCCCAUGGGAGGACCGAAACGAAACGACCGCCCCGUGGGGAGUUCCCCAGGCAGGGGCGCCUCCCCCCGUAGUGGACCCAGCACCGAUGACGUGUUCAAAAAGAACCUCAGGGAAUCAUUUCACGAAAUGGUUAAGCAGUAUGUAAUCAGUUUGGUGCAGUCCUACGUUGGUGGGAGUGGCACAAAUGAAGGGCAGGGGAUCCCAUUAAGUGCACAGAACCGGGUUCCCACUUUGGCACAUUCGAGUGAGCACUACUCCAGGUGUGCGUCUAAGAGAGGAAAGGAAUCGUCAAGAACAGUCAAGGGGGUGGAGUCCCCUCUAAGUGUAAAUAACCACCACGUAGCAUUCGCGAAGGGCAUCUUUUCUACCCACCUGUUGAGGAGCUUCCCCAAUGUGUUGAGGCAGAGUUAUUUCGCUACUCUCCUACAGAUGGCUCUCGAGCAAGCUAUGCUGAUUAAGUCCCACUCGUUCUACCUUCGCCGCUAUUUGGACGUCAUCCAGUUUGUGCGGAUGGUUAUGCUGAGGGAGGAGAAGGCACCGGAUGACCUCCCCCCAGAGGAAGAAACAGUGUUUAUUAAAACGAACGAUCACCUCCUGCGUUACAUCAUUUUGUUUAUUCAUAGCCUGUAUCGAGCCAACCAACGGAAUGACCAAGUGAACCAUCUUAAGGAGGUCGUUUUUUACUUCCUCUCCUCUGCCUUCCUGUGCAUUCGUCGGGGGGUUAGGAAUGUCAUUCUGUUUGUGGGUGGCCGCAUGGGGGAAGUGCACGAAAAGAGCGAGGAUACCUCCCCAGGGGGGGAAACACACCGAGUGGAGGGUGAGGACUUCCUCAGCGCGGUGUUCCACUCCUUCAUUUUCCCCUUCGUGAGGGCGUUUCUCUCUGCCCAGGGAAAGACUCACUACGCUGUGCAGUUCGUGCGCGGGGGGGAGGGCGUCUCGCGGGUAUGCGAAGCGGUUCGCGCGCAGGGGGGCGAUAGUGACGAUCGCGACGGUAGUGAGAAUGCCACUUGCAACGUUGGGCAGGCAGAUGGAGAGACCCCCUCAGAGGAGGACUUCUUCAAGAACUUUCAAGUUGAUGAAGAUUACGUGAAUUGCUUUUUUGGCGAAAGUGGACCGGAGGAACCGCUUCAUGGGGGGGAUGAACAGGGGAACGUCGUCUUCGUUCUUGACAGGGAGGCGUUUGCCCGGGCAGCGUACGAGUGGCACUACGGGUGGUUAGUGGGGAGGGUGGAGCGUGGCUUGGCCAGUGCGCAGGCGGGGCAGGCGGGCGAUCCCUCCGCGGGGGUCCCUUCCACUGAUGUGGUUCCAACUGAUGUUGUCACCACGGAUGCCCCCCCCGAUGGCGAACCCACCCCACUGGUGAAGAAAAAAACGGCGACGGGGAAGGUGAAGAGGCAAAAGAGAAGAAACGCCAAGGGGGAAAGCGGUACAAGCGCUGCUAGCGGCACAACACGCGAAGGAACAACUUUACCGCUUAGCGAACGACCCGCCGCGGAAAAACCGAUGGGCCAAGCUGAUGACCAGACGGAGGAGCCAGCCGAGAGGAAUCAACUCCCCUGCACGAGGCACCACCUGGAGAAGCUCUUCGAAAUUUUAGGCACCUCUACAUACAUUGUGGAUGACCACGCGGAAGCAGACAGGCAAAAGCGCAUGCACGUGCCGGAGGGGGUGCAUGUGCAGGUGGGGAUGGUGGCCACCAAGCUGGUUAACAUCCUUCCCUUCAUUUUGAACGUCAUAUCUGUGGAGCAGCUGGAUGAACUGCACCGAGAGGAAAGACACGCCAGUUAUUUUUGGUACGACUAUUUGGUCUUGAGGAACCGAGAUCGCCUCUUAGAGGCAAUGCGAAAGAUAGUGCACUACGUGGACGCACAGGGGGAUCCCCCCGAGAAGGACCACUUCUUUGGGAAAAUCCCUCUCCCGUGUGGAUAUGAAGCGGGUCCAUCCGAGGAGGGGGAGAAGCACUCAACUGCCAUGCGGGGGGGAGGCCUACUUAUCGAGGGAGACAAUCGCACAACCCCCAAGUACCUAUGCAUCAUUUCCCCGAAUGUAAAAAACGACGUGCUGGAUUCCUCGAACGCGGCGGACAUGGUAGAGUGGCUGAAGCUCCUCAACCUGGCCAUUUGCAUGAGGGUGUCAGAUGUGUACGUCUGUGGGCAGCUGUUUCUUUUGUUUCUCCUCUUUUUCUGCGAUUCGGGUUCUUUGCCUGGGCGGUGGUGCCACGCGGGGGGGAAGCGGCAUGGAGAGCGGCAUGAAGAGCGGCAUGGAAAGCGGCAUGGAAAGCGGCGUGGAAAGCGUAUUAACCAGCCCUACCUCCGCGUAGAUGGAGCCAAUCCUACCGACCCCCUCCAACUAAACUUCAUCAACGUGGGGGACUUCCCAGAACCCCUCCUCCUCCUGCUCAAAGUGAACGUCCUUAACAUCCUGCAGCUGUGUGAGAGGUACCAAGUGAAGAUCCAUUUCCCCCACGACAUGUUCCUCCAGUCGAGUGAACUUACCCUCCAGGGCAGCCCCUCCCCCGUGUACUGCCGUUUCCCCCACAGAAACUACCAGCAGAUGAUACAGGCCAGUAAGAGGAGGUUCCUUCGCACCUAUGGGCACCGACUGGCCAGGCUGGGCAGCUGGACGGGUGAAGCGCUCCGGGGAGAGAAGCCCAGCGGGGGGGGAGCAAAAGCAGGAGAAGAAGACGAAAAGGACGAAGUGGCGGACGAAGUAGAGGACGACCACGACGUGGUAGCCAGGCCUGUGGAUCCCCCCCAAACAGAACAAGCCGCUUCACCCCCACCAACAGAACAUGCCGCCUCACCCCCCCCACGAGUCCACAUCUGCUCGCAUAGCGUCGGGAGCCGCACACUAAACAGCAUCGCUAGGGCAGUUCGGGGGGCAGAUAAAGUACUGUGGUUGUGUGGAGCUUUCGAGAGGGACCCAGAACAAGGCUGCCACAGCAGCUUGCAUCUGAUCGACUGCGUCGUGGCUGCUCAGAGGGAGAGGCAAAAACUACUUAACGCAGGGGAAGAGACAAACAAGGAGGUCCAUCAUAAGGGAAGAGAAGAACCAGAUGGAGCGGCCCCCCAAUGCAGUCACCCCGAUGGACGCAGAGUAGUGCACGUGAAUAACCUCAUCCUGCUCAACGAGGAUUUGUAUGCGCUGUACCACCGCCAUCCUCGAAGGGACAUUCACAUCCCAUUUCUCUUCCGCAGCCACAAGGUGCUGGUGCACCUGUUCGACCGGACCUUCCCCCCGACUGGGUUCUUCUCUCCGUUCUCGCUGUGAGGGUGGCACGGAAGCGGGGUGGCACCAUUAGAUGCAGCUCCCCAAGUGGGUUACUUAAUGUGGGUGCCGACUUCCCCCCCGUGGAGGAGGGCACCACCCAGCCCAAUUCGCCGUGCACGCCCCUCCGCGCGGCGGGAGCUAGCCAAAGUUGGUUCUUCAGGAAAAUGGCCAUCCUCAAGCGAUGAGAAAAGAGAAGUUGCUCCGCGGAUGAGAGCGGCUUGGAGGGGGUAGCUCCUGUUGGGCGCCAGCCGUUGG